CUCUCCUCCCCUCCGCCGCCUCCCUCCCUCCCUCCCUGCCCGUCUGCCUGGGAUGGUGGAGGGAGCCGGGAGCACCCGGCAGGGCGGCCCUGGGCGCGGGGGGCGGCUCGCCCCGGCCCCGGCGCGGGGGGCGGCCCGCGGGAGGCUCCGCCGUCUCGGGGCCCCGCAGCCCCCGCCGCCGCCGCCGCCGCCGGUGAUGGCCAAGGAUGUCCUCGGAGGGGGAAGCCGAGGCGGCUGCUGAGAGCGGGCCGGGCAGCACCCCCGCGCCGGGGGCGGCCGCCGCCGCCGUGCGGGAGGAGCAACGCCCCGUGAAGCAGUCCCUGAGUGCCUGCAUGUGCCGAGAGUCCCACUGGAAAUGCCUCCUCCUCUCCAUCCUCAUGUAUGGCUGCCUGGGUGCAGUGGCCUGGUGUCAGCUGGCCCGGGUCACCAAGCUCAGCUUCGAUAGCUCCUUCAAGGGCAAGUCCAUGAUCUACCAUGACAGCCCGUGCUCGGACGGCUAUGUCUAUAUCCCGCUGGCCUUCCUCUCUAUGCUGUACGUGGUGUACCUGGUGGAGUGCUGGCACUGCCACGUCAAGAGAGAGCUGCAAUACAAGGCAGAUGUGGACAGUGUCUAUGAAUGCAUCAACCGCAUGCAGCAAGCCACUCCGUGCAUCUGGUGGAAGGCCAUCAGCUACCACUUUGUGCGGCGAACCCGACAGGUGACCCGGUACCGCAACGGCGAUGCCUACACCACCACGCAAGUCUACCACGAGAGGGUCAACACCCACGUGGCUGAAGCUGAGUUUGACUACUCUCACUGUGGAUACAAGGACAUCUCCAAGGAGCUCCUGGGCCUGGAAAGCUACACAGCCACCAAGCUGAGGUUCACUAAGUGCUUCAGCUUUGCCAAUAUUGAGUCUGAGAACUCUUACCUGACUCAGAGGGCUCACUUCUUCACAGAAAUCGAGGGGCUGGAUGACUACAUGGAGGUGAGGGAAGGCAUGCAGCUCAAAAACGUGGACUUUAAAGAGCUUAUGAUGGCCUACGGGGACCCGGAUCACCUCCCGUGGUAUGUGUCCCACUAUGCUUUCUGGGUGGCAGCUAUCCUGAUGAUCUCGUGGCCGCUCAGGGUACUCAUAGAGUAUCGAACUGCUUACGUUCAUUACCACGUGGAGAAACUGCUGGGCCUGGAGUACACGGCGCCCACGGUGGCGGAGGAGCCCUUGUACCGGUACCGCAUGCCCCGAGAUGCCACGCAGGACAGCACUGAGCUGGAGUGGCACAUCUGCACCAACCGGCAGCUGAUCCCCAGCUACUCGGAGGCCAUGCUCAUGGACCUGGCCGACUCCCCGGCCUACAACAGCUACGCGGUAUGCCGGUAUGGUGAAACAGCCCACGGCUGCGAACGCUGCAACCAUGCCUCCAGCACCUCCUCCAUCUUCUCACGCCAUGCUUUCCACAGCUGCAGCGGCAACUCCCGCCUCUCCCUCAACACCAGCCGCUUCUCCCUCUGCCGUGUCCACGGCUCCCACAGGACAGGCCUCUGGAGGAGCCGCAGCAGCAGCAUCGCGGACCGGGGCUGCCAGGACGAGCAGUGCUGCUCCUACUCCAGCCAGCUGGCUGUCAACGAAAACCCCCCAACUUACCACGACGCCCGCUUCUUCCCUGUCCUGAUAGUGCACAGGCCAGAGGGGCAUGAUGGGCGGCAUUUCUACGUCAGGCGCUCCUCCUGUCUAGAAACCUCUCUGUGACAGGCCUCCAUGGUUUCUCAGCUCCUCUGCCCCGGGACAGGGCUCGCAGAGGUGCUGCCAGUGGGGAGCCUGCAAACAUUGGUCUCCACAGUGGGCCGGCAGGACGAGCUUCAGCUCUUCCCCCUGCCAUUGCAAGAGGAUGUAGUCACUCUGAACAACGGCUAACCUCAUUUCCAAGAGCUUCUCCCCAUCCCUCGCUGUUCUCUGUAGUUAUUUGUUUCCCUCUUCCUUUCACUCUUUGACUCCUCGCCCUUUCUCUGCUCCUCUGUUUCUCUGCCUCUCCUCCCAUCCCACCCUCAGUCGUCUUUUACGUUUCAGUCACAGCAUUUGACCGCUGUUGCUGCUGGAGGAGCCUGUGCUUUGCAGUGUAUUUGCCCUUUUGGAUGCCCUGCAAGGUAAGAAACUCAGAUAGAGCAAGGCGAAAGGCACGUGGCCAGCCAGAGUCAAGUCAGUAGGAGAAUUCAGAUCUGCAGGUGCUGAGUCACCUCCUGCAAACCCCAAACGAGGUGCUUUUUUAUUUAUUUUAUUUUCACCAGUCUUUUUUCUUUUCUUUUGUCAUUUAUUCUCUCCUUUCUUCAUGUUCUCCUCCUCUUGCUUUACCCUCAUCUUCCUUUUUUUCAGUUUUCUCACUUCUGCUUUCCAGUCUUUCUGGGGUUUUGCCGGUGAGGACGUCUUUCAGGGUGUAAUUGCCUUCCAUUGGGCAAAAAUAAGGUAUUUGCGACACAAAUGUCACUGACUGCUGACACAACCGCAGGCUUUGCCCCUGAGAAGUGCCGAGGACUUUCUUUCCAGAGCAGUGACGUACACCAAUAAAGCAAAAUGCCCUUUGCUCACCUUGCCCUGUCUGGUCUGCAGCAGAGACACUGCUGUGUUUGUAGCUGUAGUUAACCUUGUCCAGCUCCACCCCUGUUAGCAAUCGUUGAGAGCAGUAACGUAGAUCAAGUGCCCUGUUAGUGCCACUGUUUUUAGGACUGUGGGUCUGGUUUGUGGUUAUUUCAUUCCUACCACAAGAGCAGCACGGGCUGGACAAGGGGAGAGAGGCUGGAGAGGGAAAGGUAGAUAUGGUAUUAACCCUCCCACCGAUAGUCUGGACUUGUUAGGAAGCUCUUCCACCCACAGCAUCUAUUAGAGCAGUUGCAGGACUGCUCUACCUUACCCUCAGCUUUCUGCGUGCCCUGGGGAGGGGUUUUGGCCCAUAUCCCACUGCUGCCUUCCCACCUUCCCAGGCGGGAUGGGAUGCCACCCCAGCCCCAGGCAGGGAGCACAGCUGGGAGCCAGCCCCACCGGACGCUCCUGCCGGCUCUCCAGGCUCUUCCCGCAAGGCUUCCCCCGGAGCAGGUGCAGCGCCUUCCAGAAACUAUGGGAUUAGCCCCAGCAAUGCCAAACCCAGAAGGUGUCUGGUCCUGGCGGAGCGGACUGCUGCACUCUGGGCUGCGGGCUGCCCUCUUGGCCCGGCCGGAGACCCCCCCCUGCGAGCCAAGGACAGACCCAAGAAGCUUAUGGCCACACUGAGGACGUGCCAGAGACCUUGCACCUGCCCAACCUCCAUCCCACAAGGGAUGCUCAUAUGCUGAAUAAGCUCCGUACCAUUUUAUCGUGUGGAUGGCGGAGGUUAUUGUCCACCAUGACUCACAGGAGAAUGCAAUACGAUCGCAAUACAGUCACUUUCAAAAACAAAGUGUUGUCACUCCCUAAAGCAAGUAGGUAAGAAACCGAGCCCCCAGAAGGGCUGGCAGCAAAUGCUUCCUCCCAAGUCCGUUUUGUGUGUAUCUACAUGUAAUAGAGAUUUGUAAAAUCAUAUUAGUAUGUGUAGAUUAUAUAUAACUCUGCAUACUUAUAUGGUGAUUUCUUAUGGCAUUGACUGUUGCACCAUGUUAAAUACAUU